AUGCGCACAUUCACACUAUCGUUCCUCCUCUUCGCCGUCCUCGCCAUCGCCGCGCCCCUGGCUGAGCCGCAACCUGUCGCUGAGGCAGAAGUUGACGCCCGUGGUCCUCCGAACGCGAACGCUUGGUGCGGUAAUCGCGCUUGUGCAGCGUACGCGUGA